CCUACUGAGAGGAUAAUGGACCAUAGAAAUCAUUCCUCAGUAACUGAGUUCAUCCUCUCUGGGCUAACAGAACUUCCUGAACUCCAGCUACCCCUCUUCUUCCUCUUCCUAGGAAACUAUGUGGUCACAGUGGUGGGGAACCUGGGCAUGACCGUGCUAAUUGGACUCAGUUCUCACCUACACACCCCCAUGUACUAUUUCCUCACCAGUUUGUCUUUCAUUGAUCUCUGUCAAUCCACUAUCAUUACCCCCAGAAUGCUGGUGAACUUUGUGACAGAGAAGAACACCAUCUCCUACCCUAAAUGUAUGACUCAGCUCUAUUUCUUUAUUGUUUUUGCUAUUGUGGAGUGUCACAUGCUGGCUGUGAUGGCAUAUGACCGCUAUGCUGCCAUCUGUAACCUCUUGCUUUAUAAUGUUAUCAUGUCUUAUCAAUGCUUCGGGCUCACAGUGGGAGUGUAUAUUUUGGGUAUCAUCGGGUCUACAAUUCAUACGGGCUUUAUGUUGAAACUCUUUUUCUUCAAGACCAAUGUGGUUAACCAUUAUUUCUGUGAUCUCUUUCCACUCCUGGAGCCAUCCUCCUCCAGCAUCUAUAUCAAUGAAUUAUUGAUUCUGGGUCUGAGCGCAUUUAACAUAUUGACUCCUGCCUUAGCCAUCUUUGCCUCCUACAGCUUCAUCAUUAGCAGCAUUCUCCACAUUCAUUCCACUGAGGGCAGGUCCAAAGCCUUUAGCACUUGCAGCUCCCACAUCUCAGCUGUUACAAUCUUUUAUGGUUCUGCGGCAUUCAUGUACCUGCAGCCGUCAAAUGCCAGCUCCAUGGACCAAGGCAAAAUGUCCUCUGUGUUCUAUACUACUGUUGUGCCGAUGCUGAACCUUAUGAUCUACAGUCUGAGGAAUAAGGAUGUCAAAUUUGCCCCGAAGAAAAUUCUAGAAAGUAGAGUAUGCUCAUGA